AUGUCUCAGGAGAGGACAGACGUGGAGCUUGAUAAAGAGUGGAAGCCCAACGGCAGACGGCCUCAAUCAACCAUGGCUCGCUCUCUUGCUGCUGCGCUUGAUAACGCUUUCAUGCUCGACUCGGAGGUUGACAACCUCACCAACUCCAUCCACUAUAAACAAACAUUGGUAUCAAUGCAGAGUCGCGAACUCGAGGCGCUGGAAGCUAGACUUCGAGCCGCCGAGAAUCGUCUAAGAAUGCAGAAGGGGGAGACCCCCCUUGAGCCCGUCAAAGCCAACGACGGUGCUAAUAAUGAUAAUGUUACCUCCCAGAACGGCUCGCUCAAGGGCAGAACGCCUCUGGAGGUCUCUACCGCGGAUAAGCAGCGCGGUCUCCCACCGCUAUCCACGCCCAACCAGUCCGACGAUGGCUUUACCACCAACGCUUCCACCUCUCCAGCAACCACAGACCAGGACGAUGAGGCUGCUGACCAUGCUGGCGUUCAUGGUCGAGGCGACGCGCAAGGUCAUUCUGAGGGCAAGCAGAGAUGGUCUUGA